AUGAAUUGGGAUGAUUUCCAGCAAAGGGCUAUCGUGGCCAUUCCUAAGCAGACGUUGAAGCCUAACCGGUGCUGGAUCGGGGUGCUCCGCCACGAUAAACCUCCAGAGGCAUCCUUUGUAGAGAGAGACUUCAUUUGGAUGAUUGGUCAUGAGAAGAUGCCCAUACAGACGGUCCAAGAAGCAUAUUUGAAAUCACACAAUGUAAUCAGCCUCCAGCUCAAACACGGAGACGCUCUCGUCGAUCCGAACGACAUAGUCAGGUCUUACCUGCGGCCUGGCAGUGAUCUUGUAUUAUUCUGGGCGACGUGCGCAGAACAGUCCAUGUUGGGGGUUAUCAAGGUAUCCGCCAGUCCUACUCCCGCUCGCCAGGAUGCGAGGAGUCUCGAAGCUCGCCGCAAUGUACCUCCUAUGACACCGCCAACGCAUGAUGCGAAAACCGCUAAACUACGAUCAGCGGGGCUCGCCGUGCAUCGACCACAACUCAACUCACCAUCUACAAUCGCCAACAAGCUAUGUCCAUCGCCCAGUCCAAUUGCUAGGGACUCGUCCAGCAUCCCUGAAGAUACCCUUCUAAAACGCGAGGCAAAUGUCGAUGCGGUUGCGAUUCCGGACGGUGCAAAAAUCGAGCGACGUUCCCCACGUUCGUUCCUAGAUCAACCAGCAUUGCAAAGCCCUACUACUGGUUUAGUUCAACCCGAUCAAGUUAGCACAGUCAAUCGCGAACGAUCAUCAGAGACGUAUGGGGGUGCAGUCUGGACAGAUCGGCAUAUCAGGGCCAUCCUCAAUCAGCAGGAUCCUGAACUUCUAGGGAGAGCUGUGGCCCGAUCAGUAGAGGUCUUGAAUGAGUUGCAAGAGAAAUUCUCGCGGUAUGCGGCAUCGAACGCGGACGCGCAAUCAUGGAAGCAAGCCAUCCAGAAGCUCAUACCGCAAGCGGGGCGGACACGGACGGUGAUCGGUGUGGUCGGCAACACCGGCGCCGGCAAAAGCAGUGUGAUCAAUGCAGUGCUGAACGAGGAAAAUCUCGUACCGACUAACUGCAUGCGUGCAUGUACAGCCGUCGUGACAGAAAUAUCAUGGAACGACAGCAUAGAUCCAUCCGCUAAGUAUCGUGCGGAGAUUGAGUUUAUUGAUCGGGUAGACUGGGAGGAGGAACUCACGGUCUUGAUGAAGGACUUUCUAACUGAAGACGGCGCAGUCUCACGUGGCAUCUACGAGUUGGACUCAGAUGCUGGUAUCGCAUGGGCCAAAUUUCAAUCGGUUUAUCCGAAGCUACCCAGGGACACGCUGAAUCAAUACAAGGUCUCCGAUCUGAUGACGAAGACCAAUGUUUUGAGCAUCCUAAGGACCACGAAAUCGAUAGAAACAGCUCAGGCAAGUAGUUUCUACCAACAGCUUCAGCAUUACGUGGACAGUAGGGAGAAAUGUAACAAGAAGGGCAGGGGCAACGACGGUGGUAGGACGAAGACGACCAAGAACACAGAGAUGGAAUAUUGGCCGCUGAUCAAGGUCGUGAGGAUUUACACGAAAAGUCCUGCGCUGUCCACAGGUGCUGUCAUUGUGGACUUGCCUGGUGUACACGAUUCCAACGCAGCACGGGCUGCUGUUGCUCAAGGCUACCUGAAGCAUUGUACUGGACUAUGGAUCGUUGCUCCCAUCAACCGCGCAGUAGAUGAUAAGGCUGCGAAGACUCUCCUCGGAGGUUCCUUCAGGCGGCAACUCAAGUACGAUGGUGGCUUCUCCAGUGUCACGUUCAUAUGCUCGAAGACAGAUGACAUAUCAGUUACCGAGGCUAUUAACAGUCUAGAGCUAGACGGGACAGCAGAGCUUGAAGAACUGGGCGACGAAAACAGGACCAGCAUCAAAAAAAUCGAAGAUAAGAUCGAAAGUCUUAGAGAAUCGCAGCAAGCUUGCGAAGCCGCUUUAUCCAGAACGCUCAAGGACAUGGAAAUCUGGAAAGAGCUUCAAGAACAAAUAGAUGACGGAAGAAGGUCAAGGAAGCGAAGGCGCGUAUCUGAGGAAGAAUCGGACGAGAAUUGGGUUCCUCCUGACGACGAUGGAACCGAUGAUGACAACGAAGUUGAGAUCACACUUUCAGAGUCAGAUAUCUAUAAGAAGUUCCAGGAGCUGAGGAGAAGCCGGAAAAAUGCUAGAGAGGAAAUCUGGCAAAUCAAGGGUUCGAUCAAGGAACUGAAACUCCAAAUAAGCGAGCAUGAGGUGCAGAACGACGAGACCAAGGGUAAAAUCCGCCGCUUAUGCAUCGCCGAACGUAAUGAAUAUUCCAAGAUCGCAAUUCAGCGGGACUUCGCCGCCGGUAUCAGGGAGAUGGACCAGGAAAAUGCGGCAGAAGAAGAUGAGGACAACUUCGAUCCCGACGAAGAACUACGAGACUAUGAUCAAGUCGCGAAGUCUGCGCCUGCCAGAGUCGAUCAGAAUCAGGCAUUGGCGCGCCAAACUCUGUUACUGAGAACAGAGGAGCGGUAUCGUGAAAGAGCGAUAGGUCUUGGUCUACCAUAA